AUGCAACAAGGCAACAAUGACAUCGCAAAGGUCUACGCACAGAACGCCGUCCGCAAGCAGAACGAACGUCUAAACCUGCUCCGACUCGCCUCCCGUAUCGAUGCCGUCGCCAGCAGAGUUCAGACCGCCGUCACGAUGCGCCAGGUCACGGGCAGCAUGGCAAACGUCGUAAAGGGCAUGGACAGCGCAAUGAAGACCAUGAAUCUCGAGAAGAUAUCCCUGAUUAUGGAUAAAUUUGAAAACCAGUUUGAGGAUUUGGAGGUCGCUACCGGAUAUUAUGAGAACGCAACCUCCUCCGCUACGGCGGUGGCUACGCCGCAAGAGGAUGUGGAUCGCCUCAUGGGACAGGUUGCGGAUGAAGCUGGUCUGGAGCUUAAUCAGGAAUUUGCGGAGGCAACGCCUUCGCAACAAAAGAUUGGACCGACCGAGCAGGAAGAGGAUGGGUAUGGUUACUCCUGUCUUGUAAUAUUCUCUGUGGGUGGAACUGACGGGAAGGUGUUACAGACUUGGCGAACGUCUAAGGGCUCUGAGGGGAUAGACAAUAGAGAGUGA